AUGUCUGACAAAGCAAUGAACACAUUCACGGGACCACCUGGUGUUGCAUCGGUUCCUGUUCCACUUUCCAACCCAGUAACACCAGCUCCUAUUCGACCACAACCAACUGUCGCUCAAACGACAUGGGCUCCACAAGUAGAUCAAACGAACACGUGGCAACCAUCUCAACAAGAACAGCAACCCCAACAGAGUAAUUGGGACCAAGAUAAUCAGCAACCUCAAGCAGAAAGAUGGAAUCCGGAAUGGCGAGAAAGAGGACCUCCACCCCCACAUUGGCGCGAUAGAGGACCACCACCUCCGGAUUUCGAAGGUUGGCAUCAUCGGCCACCAUGGAGACGGGGUCCGUGGUGGGGAAGACCACCUCCACCAUGGGGACCACCUCCUCCUGGACCCCCACCAUUCGGUUGGAGAGGAUUGUGA